AUGGAUAAAGAAAAAAAUUCUUCAUAUUUGUAUCAAGACACAUUAAAUGAUUUAGGUGAAGAUUUAAAAAAUAUGGAAACUCUUAAAUUAAACCAAAAUAAUAAAAAUGAUAAUUUUGAAGACAAAAAUAACAAAACGGGAGAAACUGAAGAAAAUAAACAUGAGAAAGGAAAUAAAAAAGAUGAGAAUAACAAAGAUGACCAUGUUAAAGAUUCUUUACAGAAAAUAUUAGAAUCAAAUAAAGAUUCUUAUUUUAAAAGUCUAAAUUAUUAUAAAAAGGACUCUAAGUAUAAAAUUAAUCCAAAUAUUCAAUUAGGAGAAAAUGAGGAAUUUGAAAAAUUUAUAAUACAAGAAAAGGUUUAUUUAACAAAUUACGUUCAGUACAUUGAUGUAUACGAAAGUACAACAAACGUAGAAGAAGAUGUUGAAGAAGAUGAAGUUGUAUAUGUGGAAGUCCCAAAAUAUGUAACUAAAUAUAAACCAAAAAUUGUUACUGAUAUAAUUACAAAAACUAUUGAAAUACCUAGUGGUGAAGAAAUUAAACAACCAAAAUAUAAUCCAGUAGAUGUUCCUUACAUAGUACCAAAUAUUGUAGAGAAUGAAAUUUUAGUUGUUUUAAAAAAGAUUAUUCAACCAGAAAUUGAAAUUUCUAAUGAAGUUUUAGAGGUAGAAGUACAAAAAUAUAUUCCUCAUUUGGUACCAGUAAAUGUGUAUGUACCACGUUACUUUGGAAUUUCAGCUAAAACAAAGGGAGUUACAAAAGAAUCUGUUAGAUAUGUUGAUUUAUCACAAGAACAAAUUGAUACAUUAAUGAAGGAAUUAAAUCCUCAUCUAGAUGAAUUAAAAUUAUUUAAUGAAAGUCAACUAAAAAGAAUGGAAGAAUAUGUUAAAGAAUCACAAAUACAAGCAAAAGAACAUAAUUUUGAACCACCCAAACCACAAGUCAUUACUUACGAUGAAAAUGGAAAUUGUCGAAGUUUUGAUUAUUCUGAAUUUGAUAGGAUUAAAGAAACUUACCUUAAAGAGCUGACACAUUAA